ACCAAGACCAAGGAGAAGCUGCAAAUGGCGAAACAAACACACUGUGACCCUCGGUAGCCUCGCCUCAACCUCAAUUUCGGAGCCUUUCGGGGAGAAAUAUUGAGUGCAGCGUCGAAAAUGGGGAGGUCAAGGUCACGGAGCAGAACGCCAAAGCGGCACAAGAGCAAAAGGUCCCACAAAAGAAGGUCACGAUCGAGGGAACGAGAGAGACGCAGACACCGAGAACGUGAGAGGUCUAAAGAACGCUCCAAGACAAGUCGCAAAUUAUCACGGUCAUCAUCGUCAUCUUCAACCAGUGAUGAAGAACCUAGGACUAGAGAAAAAAAGAUUGAUGAAGUCGACAGAUUGGCUGAGCUGGAGAGAGUAAGGAGACAAAGAGAAGCUGAACAGAAAAUGGUUGAAGAAGUAGCAGCCAAAAGAUUAGAAGAGCUAGUGGCACGUAGGGUGGAGGAGGAGUUGGAGCGGAGGAGAGAAGAGAUAGAGGCAGAGGUGUUAAGGAGAGUAGAGGAGGCCAAGCGCCUAAUGGAGCAGCAGAUGCUUGAAGAACUUCAAGAGAAGCGUCGUCAGCAGGAAGAGGAUCAGAAGAAACGAGAGGAGGAGGAACGCAAGCAACGGGAGGAGUUGGAACGUAUUAUGGAAGAGAACAAACGGAAAAUGGAAUUAGCUCAGAUGAGGCUGGCUGAGCAACAGCUGCAGAUGGUAGAAGAACAACGCAAGAUUGAUGAGGAGCGGCAGAAAAUCAAGAGAGCCCAUGAAAAGAAAACACGUGAAGAGCAGAAGAUUAUCCUGGGCAAGAACAACGCCCGCCCCAAGAUAUCCUUCUCAAUCUGAGCAGCGCACCAAACUGCUUGGGCCUUAUAUGUCUUACGUCAACACUUCACGCCGUAUUUGUUUUUAUUUUCUUUUUUCUUUUUUUCAGGAAUUCAUUUACUUCCUGCAAGGAAGUUGAUAGUCUGUCUGCCUGUAAAAAUCCAGAUGCUUGGCAGAAACAUCUGCACAUAGCAUUACAUGUAGCAGUGGAUUAUAAGGAUAGAAUUGUUAUUAAUUUUAGUAUUAUCGAUUUAAUCACUUAAAUAUAAAGUGUCUGGUUUUUUACAAUCAGGUCAUAUGUAUAUGAGAUAUGACUGAGAUAAUACUGAAGCUUGGUGGUUAUUAUAUAUAUAUAUAUAUAUAUAUAUAUAUAUAUAUAUAUAUAUAUAUAUAUAUAUUAUAUAUAUAUAUAUAUAUAUAUAUAUAUAUAUAUAUAUAUAUAUAUAUUUAUAUAUAUAUAUAUAUAUAUAUAUAUAUAUACACCUAUUAAUUUCAUAUAAAUUUUCCCUCAUAUUGAGAUAUUUCAUAAAGAUGCUGAGUCCAUCAGACGGAGUUGUGUCUGCUUGGAUAUUGUAUGAUGUGAUCAGCUUCUAGGUAAUUGAUUUAUAUUUAAGAAAAGAAGUUUGAUAUGCAACAUUGCUGAGCAUUGCUUCAAGAACCUAUUAAGGUGAGUUAAGAGUUAUUAAAGUCUUUGUUUCAGGGCAGUUACUUCUACAAAAAACAAUACUCACAAGAAAAGACAAGAUUCAGUUUUCUUAUCCUGGUUUGAUAUUUUGAGGCUCUCAUUCAUUACAAAGCCUUUCUGUUUUCAAGUUAAAAAAAAUCAUAACAUUUCUAACUAUCAUGUCAUGCUUUGUUUGAAAUCUGUGCCUGAAUGGCAAAUAUGUUCAGCCUUGUUAAUUGUUUUCCUCUCAUUUACACCUGAUGUACAAAAUUAACAAGGCAAUUCAUUUACAUAUAUAUACACACACACACACACACACACACAUAUAUAUAUAUAUAUAUAUAUAUAUAUAUAUAUAUAUAUAUAUAUAUAUAUAUAUAUAUAUAUAUAUAUAUAUAUAUAUAUAUAUAUAUAAUUUUUUUUUUUCCAUUCAUGGUUUGUCUAUGAUUUUGCAAGUGUUCAUGUCUUACAUCCCAAUAAAUUAAACCUCAUAAAUGGGUAUGUUAUUCUAUGGUUUAGUAAUAUUUAUAUUUUCCAUUUACUGACCUGCUUAAUGACACCAUAGUCUUCAGUUAAGACUUGUGUCAAGAAAGUUAUUACAAGCUGCAAAUUAAAGAGCUUUUAUAAUUUCAAUAAAUGUGUGUAGGGGUAGUUGGUUUUAGUACCGAGAUCUUGUACCCAUAAUUAAAAUUGGUUUCAGUCCUGAA